GCCAGCCGCCGUUGCCGGGCAACCGGCCGAGAGGCCCCUGGCGGCUCCUCGGUGCGGUGGUGAGCGGGCGGACCGGCGGAGUGGGGGAUCACCCCGGGCACCGGGACGGGACGGGCCGGGCCGGCACCAUGGGCCUCGGUCUGCUACUGGGGGCGACGGCGGUGGGGAAGACCCUGCUGCUGAAAGCGCUGCACAAGAUGAGUUUGAAAGAAGCUGUUGGCGAACUUGACGAGCUCCCACCUACACUCCCCACGGUGGGCACAAACUUAACUGAUAUCACGAUUAAUAAGAGGAAAAUUACUAUUCGAGAACUGGGAGGCUGCAUGGGGCCUAUCUGGCCAAGUUACUAUGGAGACUCUGAAGCUGUGAUAUUUGUCAUCGAUGCGGCCAAUCCCACCCAGAUUUCCUCCUCGUGUAUUCAGCUGCUCGAAGUUCUGACAGCUGAGCAACUGCAGGAAACUCCGGUCCUAAUUCUCUUCAACAAAGUUGAUCUACCCUGCCACAUGUCCCUGAUAGAAAUGAAAAGCCUGUUCAGGAUGGAUGACAUAUUGGCCUGUGCCAAGCAGGCAGUCAGUGUGCUGGAGGUGAGUGCACAGACUGGCAAAGGGCUGGACCAGGUCCUGAAGUGGCUUCACUCCCACCUCAAGGGGAAAAAUUUGCCCUGAAGCCAGUCAACACUACACCUUUCCCCAAAGCAGCCAUUCAAAAAGCUCUGAAGAGUCCAGAGGCAGUGGAUAUGAUGGCUCCCUCAAAAUGUCCUGUAUCUGAAAACUAUGUACAAUGGCAAAAGCCUGUGAUUUUUGAAUUGUAUCCAGCCUUGUAAGGGCCAAAAAGAUGGACUUAGAAGUGCAUGAAUAUCAAGGCAUUUCCAGGUAACUGAAACAGAAUGGAAGAAUAUGACACUAGAUUUGCAUUAUUCUAGUUACAGGUUGGGCUUUAUAUCAUAAUGAAAUCCUGUAUUUAUAGUUAAUGCUUGCUCUGUAAUAAUUAUCCAUGUUUAUAGAUAGAUUUUAAGUUAAUAAAUAAUAACAUUAAAAAAUUAAAUAAAACUUGCUCUGCAUUGCAAAAUGCAGUGGAUUCUGAUUAAUUAGGACACAUCGGGACCAGUACAUUUUGGCCCAGUUAAGCAACUGCCCCAAUUAGCUGUAAUUUCAUGGAAAUAGUUUGUUAUGAUACGGCAACAAUGAAUAUAAAAUUAAGAGGUUUUUUUUUAUAAACAAACAAAACAUUUAUUAAACACUUCAAUAAAAAUGAAAAGUAAACAAAUGACUAACUUAACUGGAAGUUGACUGCUUUAUGGCAACUUGAACAGUUCUCAAAGUGAUAUAUGCGAAAGUCCAAAUGAUUUAUACAGUCAAUUAGGACAGACUUUCCUAAAGUAACGAAUUCCUCGACAAUGUGACAUUACUGGCCAUCCCAGCCGAAGUAUGCUUUGCCCGAAGGAUUUACAACGAAGGAAAUAAAAACGGCUUAAAGGAACUGACCUUCUCCUUGGCAAAUAACGCUGCGUCCAACCCUUUCUGCUUUCACAAUGCAGGAGCUAUCUCGGAUUCAGGCUCCUAUCUCUUUGAAUGAAGAUUAAAUAAGGUCGAUCCCGUAUUAUCGCUGACAACAUCAACUUUUCUCAAUCCUUCGGGUUUUCCAUACUCUGGUAAACCUUCACUCUCCGACUGGACUGCAAAGGUAGAAACCAAUACUGGCAGCGUUUGGUGAGACUGCCAGCAAUAACCUUUUAAGACUUAAAACAGAAAAUAAAACUCCACUUUAAAACAAAUCUGCAACAUGAGACGAAUACGCAGCAUAACGGAGUCACUGAUGAAUUAAACCACGAACUGACCUGCGUCACAGCAAGGCUUUCCCCUUUUAUAUCUGUUGAAACAGGCCAUCACAUGAUGUCACACUGGCGGGAAAAUUACAUCACCCCAUCACAUGACCAUUACAUCAUGCUAACCAUAUACUCCAUUACAUCAUGGUCAUGUGACAGUCUCAAGAUACCCACAGGGUAUGUAACAAGUUAAAAAGGUAUAAAAGAAAUAAAUUACGCAUUUAAAUUAAAUAGGCCAAAUUAGAAUACUACCAAUAGUACCACAGCACUGUAAAACUGUUCCCAAUAGCUAUCGCCAGAGGAAUUCAUCCAGUGAGGUGCAGAAGUGUACUCUUUUUGAUUAGACUAAAUAAACAAAAUCAGCGCCGUCAACUCAUGCAGGUAAUGGACUGCCUUCAUACAGUACUGUUGAUGAUUGUAUCCUCCAAAUCCUCAUUUUCAUUGUAACAUUAAAGAUGAUUGUCAAUACCUUAAAAUUCUUUGUAGUUCCUAACUUACUAAAAUAGUAAAAUAGUUUCAUUUUCACUCCUGGCAUCUCCAAGCUUGACUGCUUGAACCUACAGUGAGCAAAAGAGUUCUGAAUUGUCUUACUGCUUAUUUCUCACCAAAUAUCAGUGACAAAAGUCACUGCUUUUUGAAUUGAAACACACACAACCAAUGCUAGUUAGAAAUUGUUCGACAAAGGUCUCUUGCCCCAAAUUAAGUGGCAUAGUGUCCCAAAUAAAGGAAGGAAAUCCCAGCUGUUUUUGUUCUUUAAGAG